AUGUCUCCUUUAGACACUGAUGCUGAUCAACCAUUACCACAACCAUUAGGAGAAUUCCAUGCCCGAUUCUCCAUUGAGCUCAUGAAGUCGAUGGAUGCAGAGACACUGCCACCAAAAGCUAAGGUUGACGCGUUCACCGAUGCUUAUUUUCAACAUCUUUAUCAUCGUGCCCCUGUUAUUGACAGAGCGGAUCUACAAACGGAGCCAUCAAAGCUCUUAUCCCAAGCCAUAUGUAUGGUUGGCAGUCUGCUACGCCACCCAGGGAUUCAAUCUCCCCUCCAAGAGAGCGAAGAAUAUUACUGCAAAGCGAAAGCAUUGUUAUAUGCUAAUUACGAGGUCGAUCAUCGCAAUAUACUAAAAGCGCUUUGCCUUCUCAUAUUCAGAAACGUCAGUCCGCCAAAGGUCCUCACCUUGGACUGUUCGUGGCAAUGGACGGGACUGGCAACACGCCUCGCCUAUCAGAUGGGUCUGCAUCGCGAGUCUACGUAUUCCAAGCUCACAAAUCCUGGAAAUGCGCGUCGGAUGAUGUGGUUUCUGUUUGCGCAGGACAAACUGCUAAGCGCUUGCUUUGGACGCCCAUCGUUUAUUCGAACCGCGGAAUUAGACUUGCGGCCGCUGCAGCUCCAGGACUUUGAGCGUCAAGAUAUUCAAGCCGAGAUCUUUAUUGAAUAUGUCAAGCUUGGUAUGAUAACAGGCCACAUGGUGGAUUGCCACGGUCGGGAAGGCCAGCCACAGUACGGAGAGGUGACUGCCAUCCUUCAAUCGCUACAGCAAUGGAUCAACAAUCUCACCUCUCAACUACGCCUUUAUGAUGGCAAUGAUCGACGCUAUUUCAGGCGAGAUGUUUGCGAGCUACAUAUCAAUUACUUCGUCUGUGUGGUAGUCCUUUGCCGUCUCUUUGGUACUUCACUUCCACCAGCCACAGCAUCCGCCGUUUCCCUAGUGGCAUCUUCAUGCAUUAGCCACCUAUACGAAGAGAUUAUCUUCCGCGACGAGAUCAACUACAUGAUGCCCUUGAACAACUGGUUUCUCAUGGUAGCCUGUGCUCCGCAAAUUCAGCAAAGCUCCACCUGUCAAGGCAAAGACACACUUUGUACCGAAGAGCUGAAAAAGCUGAUGACUGCGCUGCGAUACAUGAAUUUGAAAUGGCCCCCAGCGAGAAUUUUACUAGCAAUAAUUGAGCGAUUGGCUGCCAAAAGUCACCAAGAGAUGAAUUCGCUCGGCCAAACUCCAGAUUCUUCGCUGCAUAUGGACUCUUUGUCCGAAACCUGGUCACGAAUACUUCCCCAUUCUGAUCUGAGGGCUUUGUUUCCGUUUCCUACCUCGCUUAGCCCCCGUAUACAGCAUCCGGAUGUUGGGAGCGAAGACACUGCUGAUUAUAUGGCUCUUGAAAGGAUGGAUGAUAUGGGAAAUGAUGAUUUGGAUUGGAUUUUCCAUGAAUAUCAGCUCGGCUACAUGGAAGCUUCGCUUAAUUGA